CCACUGACAGCUUGUGACGGUCCCUUGUGGAACCUGCAGCCCAGCAGCCAUGUCUUCACUGUGGAGGACCCUGAAGGCAUCUCGCCCCCUCCUCUCUCCUCACCUCUCGGGCCUCUCCUCCGUGCAGCCGCGUCCUGCAGCCGCUCUCCAGGCUUCGUGCGUCAAUCCCCGCAGAGAGUCCUCCGGGAGACGCUUCAAUGUUCCACCCAGCGCCGAGUUUGUGGCGCGGGUGUCCGGGAUCCCCACAAUGGCCAAGCUCCCCUUCCAGGAGACGGCGGACGGGCUGGACGCAGCGUUUGUCGGAGUCCCGAUCGACACCGGGACCUCGAACCGGCCCGGAGCCAGGUUCGGUCCCCGUCACAUCCGGGUGGAGUCGGCCAUGCUGAGGUCGUACAACAGUGGCACCAGGGCGGCGCCUUACGAGUCCCUGAUGGUGGCCGACAUCGGGGACGUGAACGUGAACGUGUACGACCUGAAGGACACCUGCAAACGCAUCAGGGAGGCGUACAGGAAGAUCCUGGCCACCGGCUGUAUCCCUCUGACCAUGGGUGGUGAUCACACGAUUGCAUAUCCAAUCCUGCAAGCUGUCGCUGAGAGGCAUGGUCCGGUGGGUCUGGUCCACGUGGACGCUCAUGCUGACACCAGUGACGUGGUCCUGGGGGAGAAGAUUGGACACGGGACUCCUUUCAGACGCUGUGUGGAGGAAGGGCUACUGGACUGUAAGAGAGUGGUGCAGAUCGGCCUGCGGGGCUCAGGCUACUCUGCCGACUCGUACGAGUGGAGCCGGGCGCAGGGUUUCCGUGUGGUACAAGCAGAAGAGUGCUGGUUCAAAUCUCUGGCACCCCUGAUGGCUGAGGUCCGGUCUCAGAUGGGCAGCGGCCCAGUGUACCUCAGCUUCGACAUCGAUGCUCUUGACCCGGGCUUCGCCCCUGGAACGGGCACACCAGAGAUAGCAGGGCUCACUCCCAUCCAGGGAGUUGAGAUUAUCCGAGGCUGUCGUGGUCUGAAUCUGGUUGGAUGUGAUCUGGUGGAGGUGUCACCACCUUAUGACACCACAGGAAACACUGCACUGACGGGUGCCAACCUCCUCUUUGAAAUGUUGUGCGUCCUCCCAAAAGUGAUAUAUCACUGAUCAGAACGGACCUCACAGCACAGGACACUCAAUCAAGACCUGAAUACCAAAUCCAGUUCUGCUGGAUCCACUGGUAACAAGGGGUGAUCCCGUUUGAUUAUAACCAUCAAUGGGAUGAAUUCAAUAGUCAAUAGAGACUUGACAAAGAAAUUCAUAACUAAGGCCACUUUCAUAAAUUUAUAUAUAUUCACUUUGUAUUCCAAGCUGCUUGUAAGACAAAAUGUUUAUAUACAAUAUUUACAGUUGUCAGAAUGUUUGUUAUGGGAAUUUUUCUUAGAAAUUUCAAGCUCUCUAUCAAACAGUGUAAAGUGCCUUGAGAUAAUAAUUGUUAUUUUUAUAACAAAAUCUACAAAUAAAAUGUAAUUGAAAAAAGCAUUGUCGUAAAUUAAUA